AUGGCGUUGAAGAAGCUGCACACCGAGGUGGAUAAGGCGAUUCGCGAAGUGCGCGCGUGCCUGGAGGCCUACGACGAGCGCUGGCAAGAGCUCCUGGACUUCAAUCGGCAGUUCGUGGAGCGGAAAGAUCACCUCGUUGACGAAGCCAAGAAGGAAGUCGUUCGAGGCAAGAAGCACAGCGUGAGAACUUCGACUCUCGAGCUGCUCGACUAUAAACAUGUUAACGACGCCAAGACGCGAAUCGAGGCAGACCUCGAGGGGGCGCUGCGGAAACUACACAGGCUCAAACAGCAGCUGGCAGACUGGGUUCACAACUACAGCGACAGAGACAUCCGAAACAAGGAUACGUUGACAGAGCUGCGGAAAAGCAUUGAGCUGCGCUACAAGCGCGGGCGCGUCUUCUACUCGCAGGGGCGCAGUUCGCAGCCCUCGUCGCUGGCCGGCGGGGUCGGGCGAGGGGCCUGCGCACCCCUGGAGGCCCCGAGCGCGCAGUGGAUUGUUGGGCUGCUAGACUCGCUCGGCGUGCAAGUCGAGGCGUGGGAAGGAGAACUCGCGGCGCUGAGGCGCGAGGAAGACGAGGCGGCCGGGGGCUCGCGGGACGCAGGCGCCCUUCUCGGACGCAAGCCGCGGAAGAAGGGCGGCGCGCGCGAGGCCCGCGAGGGCUCCGAGGCCUCGGGGCUCGCCCCCGAGAGCGUGAAACAGGAGCGCGUGGAGCAACUGACGGCAAUGCUUGAUUUGCAUCGGUCUCACGUGCGGCACCUGGAGCAGCUGCUGCAUGCGGUCUGCGGCGAGGAAGUCGAUGAGGAAGAUGAGCGCCUGGGCGAGCUGCGUGACAUUCUGGAGCCCUACGUCCACGACAACGCCGACCUCGCUAUCAUCGUUGCAGAAGACGUCUACCAGGAGCUUGGCCUCGUGUCCGGCGACAAGGUCCGCAGCCCGCCCGACGACGACGCCGUCGCGACCGCCGCCGGCAGCCGCCCCCCCUCCCCAGACAGCUCGCGCGCUGGCGGCGAGCCGCGCCCCGCGACCGCUGUUGAGGCCGGAGCAACGCGAGAGCGAACUGGCGACGACCUGGGCUCCGGAGGCGAGCGCGAAAGCCGCGGCGCGGGGGCGGGGGAGGAGCUCCGCAGUCGCGCGGGGACUCUGCGGCAUCCUUCGCCGUCGUCGGCGCCCCCUCUCACGGGCCAGCUUCCGCGCGCAUCCUUCUCGGCGGCGGCGGCCUCUGCAGUCAAACUCCCGUCUUCGUCUUCUUCGUCGUCUCUCGCGUCGCGCGCGGAUCUCAGCGAGCGGCCCCGGGGCGCUGCAGAGCGACAGAACAAGCGGCCGCUGGGGGAGAGACUUGCAGCUGCUGUCGUCACCGCAUCCGCCGCUUCACCCUCUCCAGCGGCCCCGCGCCCUGCGGAGCCCCAGGCGAAGGCGGCCGCGGCUGCGCGGCCGCGCCCUCGGGGCUACGCUGAGGCGCUGAUUUUCUCGAUGCAGGGGUCCUCCGCGGCGCGCACGGCGCCCGACGCGGCGGAUUUCCCCGCCCUCUCCGCAAACGCGUUCGCCGUGCCGGCGCCGGAAAAAGAGAGAAGGCGCGGGGGGGCGAAGAAGAACGCGGCCGCGCCCCCUGCCGACGAGGCGCAGGCGCGCGCGGAGGAGUCCGCAGGUGCAGGCGUCGGCGCGAGAGGCGAGAGGGACGCGAGGGACAGUUCGAAGGCCGCGCGGCUCGAGGAGCCGCUGCGCGAGGCAGCCGGCGCUGGGCGCGCGGCCGCGGAAGGCGAGGGCAGAGUCCCCUGGUGGGACGCCGCGGCUGCGACACGCGACGACCACGAAACGGUGCGCAGCCCGCUACCCUCUUCGGCGGACGGAACGGGGGGCGGGGAGGACACGCACCGCAGGACGGAAGGCCUCGAAGAUCGCGAGCACGUCGGCGUCGCCGCGAGGCUGGACGCAGACCUCGUCGUUGUGUCAGCAGAGAGCGCCUCGGGUUGGCUUUACGGCUACCGGCUGAGCUCUGCGCAGCCCGGCGAGAGGCCGCAGUUCGGUUGGUUUCCGCCCGACGUCCCCCACGUCUUUGCGAGGGCGCCCGCCGCGUCAGGGGGUCCUUCAUCCUCGCGGAGCCCGUCUCUCUCCCCGGAGACCGGCCACCCAGCGUCGCACCCUUCUUUCUUCUGGCCCGCGGUGGAGUCCCGCCCCGCGGGCGACGAGGGACCGCUGCGGGCCCGGGGCUCCGCCUUCGCGUCUCCCUUGAAGGUAGAGGCCCCAGCCUCGCGGUCUCUGGGUCAUGCGUCUCAUCCAGAUGUGGCGUUCGCCUCCUCUGCGUCGGCGCCUUCAUCCUGCUUCUUCGGGCCCUCCGCCUGUCCGCCGUUCCUGCCCGCAGCACACGCGGAGCAGCCGCGCCCCAGGGAUGCGCACUCGCGUCCGCGUCUGCCUCUCGGGUCGGGGGCGGGUUCCUUCCCCGCGGCGGCGCAGGGCUCGUUGCCUGCCGCGGAGAGCCGCGAGCCGGUGUCUGCGGCCUCGCUCUUCUCUGCGGCCUUCGGGGCUUCGUGCGCACCGCCCCCCUCCGCCGGGUGUGCAGCACCCCUCAAGGUAGAAGGCCCUCUAGCCAACGCGGGGCGCCUCAAGGGCCGCGUGGAGCGGCCCAGUCGGGAGUCGCCGUGGCUGUCUCUCGAUCCCGGGGCCGCGGGGCUCUUCCGCCCCCCCGGGUGCCUCGCCAACGCCUGUCUGGAGGCCCCCGGCGCCUCCGCGCACGCCGUCCAGCGAGACGCCUUCCUCCUCGACGCGGGCGCGAGCGCGCGGCACGCCGCAGCGGGCGACGGCGCAGCGGGCGACGGCGCAGCAGGCUCGCACUGCACGUUUUUUGCUUUCUCGCAGGCGAGCAGCCUCCCCGCCGGCGGCGCCCUGCCCUCGACCUCUCUCGCGAACUUCGCCUCCUCGUCCUCGCCCGUCGCCUCGUCCUCCACGCACAGCGGUGGUGCGGGCAGCGGCGCCGGAUGUCUGGGCUCGCCCCUGUCCUCCAAGUCGUCGCCGUGCGGAGUCACUACGCCACAGCACGCGGGGGGGGGGGCUUCAGGCGACGGCAUGUCGGGGCUAGGGGGGGCAUCUCAGGCGGCAUUCGCCGCUUCGUCGGCGCCCCAGCACGAGCGCAGAGCGGCGGCGGCGAAGGGGCGGGAGGCGACUGAGGGCUGCGAGCCGACGUGCCCUUUUUCGCCCUUUUCUUCCGCGGCGUCGUCUUCGGUGCUACCUGUGUCCGCGCUGAAGGCGCCGCCCCUGGGCGAGUCUCCGCUCCUCGGCAAGGCCGAGGGGUUGAGCGUGUGCGCCAGCGGCCACGUGGAGGCGCAGGCGUCGCGGUCGGCAGGCGUCUCCACCACCUUCUCGGACUCUGCGCGGUCUUCGGGGCUCGUGGCUCGCGCCACGGGUGACUGCGAAGGCGAGAAGGCCGCACACGGCGCCAACGCGUCUGUCGCCGGCGAGGAGGGAGACAGUCUCCUCUCGAAGUCGCUGCUGGACGGGCUCGAGUGCCUGGCGUCGCCCCGCUCGGCUGCGGAGGACUCUGCGCUGCGCGCAGACCUCGACGACGUGCGGCUCCCCGGCCGGCGGUGUGUCUGCUCGGAUGGCGACCCUUCCUGCUUCGCCUUCCCCCUCGGCGCGCCCGCCUUCUCGUCCGCCUCGCCCUUUCCGCUCGCGGCGUGGCCCGACAGUCGCGGCUGCGGGGGUCGGGGCGUGCGGGGCGACGAGGAGGCGCGGCGGCGGGCGUCUGGCGAGCUCUAUGUCUCACGGUCGCCUGAGCCGCUCAGUCCGCAGCGCGCCUGCUCCCCGCCGGCGUCGUCUCUGUCUUUUCCGCUUUCAGGGGCGCCGCUGAAGCGCGACCCGCCGGCUGCGGGGGACUGCCGCGGCGCCCCUCCAGAGGCGCCGUGGGCCGCGGCGGAACCGGCCGCCGCGCGGCACGACGCGGGGGUCUGUGUGAAGUGCCUCUACAGCGUAUGUACGGUGGUGCAUGUGAUUCCUGAAGAGGUGGAAGUGCGCGAGCUCAGCUGGUCGUGGCAUGGAGAGCUCGUCGUGCCGCGGCGGCGGCGCGGAGACGCGAAGCGCGAGGAGGCCGCAUCCGAGGCGUCGCGGGCUGCCGCGCAUGCAGAGGGCGACCGCGGCGUGUUGGCGACCGCGGCGGAGUCCCGCGCCGAGGGAGGCGCCGCGCAAGACGAUCGACGGGCGGAGGAGCGGGGCGAGCGGAUGCAUCAGUCGAGGGAGAGCGCGACGGCGGGCAACAGAGAAGGCGAUCGCGAGAAGAUGAGACACGCGACGGGGGCGGAGGCCAGGCAGGACGCGCGCAGAAAUGCGCGAGACGCAGCGUCUGCCGCUGCACGUUCGCCGUCGGCGUCCUGCGCUUCAGAGAGAGAACGAGACAAGCAGGGAGGGGGUACCCUCUCAAAGGCCUCGCGCGCCGCUUCCUGCUCAUCGCGCGACCUGGGCAACCGCGAGGCGAGCGCCGACAGCGCAGGGGCGGCAGCGGGCGAGGAGUGGGCGCGGGGGGCUGCGGCGUUUGGCGACCGACUCGAGGCACGGGUGCGUGAUUUAGCCACGGAUGCCGCGGCUGCGUCUUCGCCUGCGUCUCUGGCGUCGCUGGCGGUCUGUGAGGCCUGCCUGGCGAGGCGCCCACAGACGCUGCUCACCUUUGAAAAGGGAGAAAAAGUCGAGGUCCUCGUUCACCAUCGCCAGGGCUGGAUCUUUGGGCGCAUUCGAGACCAACCGCACAGGCGCGGUUGGUUCCCCGACUACAUGCUGCAGCGCCCCGAGGACGUGUGCACGCCGCUUUCGCACGAGCAGCUUCUUUUUGCCUGCAACUUGCCGCACCUUGUGAGUCUCUCCGCGUGCGGACCUUGUACAGAUGUCUCUCCGGGAGGCGGCAGCCGUCGAGGAGGCGGGAAGGUCGCAGCGAAGAGGCGCGGCAGGGCUGCGUGGGCGAAGCUGCCUCUCGCUUUCCGCGUCGUGAGUGGUCGUCGCGCAGCCUCGUCGUGGCCUGCAGAGGCGGUCGCUCCCGAGGCCCCGAGGAGUGGAACAGGCGCGGGGAAACGUCCGGAAGAGGAAGGAAGACGCCGCUUCAGGGCGGGACAAAAGGAGGUGUAG